UUCGCCCCUCCCCCUGCUGGGUUGGGCUUCAGACUGCAGUUCUUUCCAAGUGUGCAGAACCUGUCCAUACUUAAAUCCAAUCUGAGAUUUAACCGCUACUGAACAACGCCAACCCCAUCCAACGAAGCUAAGUGAAAGGUUUAAACGGGGACCUUUCAAAGCGCAGUUUGAAGAAUCUUUUGCAGAUAUUUUGCCUGGCCUCACAUGGACUCGGCAGUCUGAGAGAGAGAGAGAGAGAGAGAGAGAGUGUGCGUCACAUUGUGUCAAUAUUUGAGGCUCCUCCAGCUGCUUCUAACGUUUCAACAAAAAUCCCUUUCUGGCUGGCCUUGGCAGAAUCAGCUCCUCACAGCCUCCCCAGAAAUAUUCAGUAUGUUUUCUUACGGAGGGAUAUCGGCAAACAUCUCCGCAGACAGGCUGAAGGCAGAGGGGAUGGGUUCCAACGAGCAGGCCGUUCACUUCCUCAACCAGGACUACGAGGCCUUGAAGCAGGAGUGCCUUGAGACGGGCUGCCUCUUCGAAGACCCCUGCUUCCCCGCCGAGCCCCCUUCUCUUGGCUUCAAGGAGCUGGCGCCUUACUCCUCCAAGACACGUGAUGUGGAGUGGUUGAGGCCAACGGAACUGACAGAUGAUCCUCAGUUCAUUCUGGGUGGGGCCACCAGGACGGACAUCUGCCAAGGAGCACUUGGUGACUGUUGGCUCUUGGCUGCCAUUGCUUCCCUUACUCUCAAUGAGAGGCUUCUUCACAGGGUGGUCCCGCAUGGCCAGGGCUUCCAGGAGGAUUAUGCUGGAAUUUUCCAUUUUCAGUUCUGGCAGUUUGGGGAGUGGGUGGACGUGGUGAUUGACGACCGGCUCCCAGUGAAAGAUGGCGAGCUAAUGUUCGUCCACUCGGCCGAGGGCAACGAGUUCUGGAGCGCCCUGCUGGAGAAGGCAUACUCCAAGCUGUGUGGCUCCUACGAGGCCUUGUCUGGAGGCAGCACCACUGAAGGGUUUGAGGAUUUCACCGGGGGCGUGUCAGAGAUGUAUGAGCUCAAGCAACCACCGCGGGACCUAUAUCGCAUCAUCAGCAAAGCCCUUGAGAGAGGCUCCCUGCUGGGGUGCUCUAUCGAUAUCACCAGUAACUUCGAUAUGGAAGCGGUGACAUUUAAGAAGUUGGUGAAGGGCCAUGCUUAUUCAUUGACUGGUCUUAAACAGGUGGACUUCAGAGGUGACCUGGAGAAGUUGAUCCGCGUUAGGAACCCCUGGGGUCAGGUGGAAUGGACAGGAGCGUGGAGUGACAACUCACCUGAAUGGGAUGAAAUUGACCCAUCUGAGAGAGAGGAUCUCCAUCUACAAAUGGAGGAUGGGGAGUUUUGGAUGUCCUUUAACGAGUUCCUGAGGCAGUUCUCGCGUCUGGAGAUCUGUAACCUCACGCCGGAUGCGCUGAGUGGAGACGACAUGAGCCACUGGAACACCAUCAAGUUUCACGGCACUUGGAGGAAGGGCAGCACUGCAGGGGGCUGCAGGAACAACCCCAACACAUUCUGGAUAAAUCCCCAGUAUAAGAUCACUCUGCUGGAGGAGGACGAUGACCCCGAGGACGAGGAAGUGGCCUGCAGCUUCCUGGUGGCUCUGAUGCAGAAGGACCGCAGGCGAUACCGCAAACAAGGCCAGGACAUGCACACCAUUGGCUUCGCCAUCUAUGAGAUUCCAGAGGAGUUUGCUGGCUGCCAGAAUGUGCACCUGAAGAAGAACUUCUUCCUGGCUCACUCCUCGUGUGCACGCUCCGAGACCUUCAUCAACCUGAGGGAGGUGAGCACCCGUCUGCGGCUGCCCCCGGGGGAGUACCUCAUCGUCCCCUCCACCUUUGAGUCCGGCAAGGAAGCCGACUUCGUGCUGCGGGUUUUCACCGAGAAGCAGUCGGAAACAGAGGAGCUGGAUGAUGAGAUCUCUGCAGAUCUGGUGGAUGAGGAAAUCACAGAGGAUGACAUUGGUGAUGGCUUCAAGUCCAUGUUUGCACAGCUGGCAGGGGAGGACAUGGAGAUCUCUGUUCGUGAGCUCCGGACCAUUCUCAACAGAGUGAUGUCAAAACAUAAGGACCUUCAGACUGAUGGCUUCAGUAUGGAGUCAUGUAGGACCAUGGUCAACCUAAUGGAUAAAGAUGGCAGUGCUCGCUUAGGGUUGGUGGAGUUUCAGAUUCUGUGGAAUAAAAUCAGAAAGUGGCUGGAAAUCUACAGACAGUUUGACCUUGACAAAUCAGGGGCCAUGAGCUCUUAUGAGAUGCGCCUUGCUGUUGAAUCAGCAGGCUUCAAGCUCAACAAUAAGCUGAACCAGGUCCUGGUGGCCCGAUAUGCAGAAAACGAGGUCAUCGACUUUGAUAACUUCAUUUGCUGCCUGAUCAAGCUGGAGACCAUGUUCCGUUCCUUUCGGGAUUUAGACAGAGAUGGAUCUGGGGUUGCAGAAAUGAAUUUAACUGAGUGGCUGUACAUGACCAUGUGUGGUUGAGCUGGACCAGUCCUUCAUGAGACGAGGAACAAGCAAAACACAAAAGCCAGACUUGCCUGCAAAGUGCCUGACUCAUGUAACUGCAAAACCCCAAACCCUGCAUUGUCUAAUCUUCUCCUCUGCACACAGCUGCCAAACCUGUCUCAGAUCAUGAAUAACCAGAUGUGCUAUAAUUGGUAGUUGACCAGGUAAAAAGUAGGUUGACACAAUGUAUGUAUACAGUAUAGUUCUACUUAUGCUCUCAGCCUUAACAAAAUGUAUCUUAGACUUAAGUCCUAUAAGAGAAAGGGAAGAUUCAUCACACGUGUUGCAGUGUCAAAGUUUGACCGCAUGUUGAAUAGAGUGCACUGUGUUGUUUUAUGCUAUGCACUGUACAUUUUGUGCCGUUGUUACCGAGAAGUAUGAAAAUAAGUAUGAAGUUUCUCUAGCAAGUAUGCAUAGUAAGUAUUUUAGGAAUUAAAUGUAAUAUAUGCCAGGUUAGGAGCUGUUGUUUUUAUAUGAUCUGACACUGUUUUUUUUACUUAAGUCACUGUGUAUGAACAAAACUUACAUAGCAAGAACAACUGUCAAACGUUAUCAUUCACUUGGAGUAAUAUCAGAGAUAAUUAUUUAUGGAUAAUAUCAGAUGUACAACAGCAGAUGGAAAUAGUUGUCUUUCCUUCAAGUACUAUUAAUCUGACAACUAUGGAUUCCGUUUUACAUACUUAAGGGGAUGGUGCCUCUAAAUGGAGAGCACUACUGUAAGUGCAUUCUUACCAUGGGAUCAAUUAUGAUCAACUGCGGUUAAAUAAGUCUAAUGUUAUGAGGUACAAGAUUGAGACUGACAUUUAUGGCUUGAUGUUCUUAGUGUUUUAGUCCAAUACUCAACCAACACCACAAUUCAACUGAAUGCAUUAAAGGAUCUACUGACAAUUCUCAAUGCUGUGUUAUACCCACUCAUCACAGGCCACAGUUGUUUUUUUCACAUUUUUUUCUUUUAUGGAAUCACCAAAUGUCAAAUUAUCAUUUGCCAUAACCAUUUUUAAUAAAAGCGGUCUUCAUUUAACCAAUAAA